ACUCUGCAGAUCAGUUUCAUUUGGCAUGCCCAUCGAACGGUUGGCCAAGAGCGAGGUGAUAAGUUGAGAAAGGUUUCAGAGGCGUUCGAGAGAUACAGGAGGCAAUCCUUUCAUGAUCCGCGAGUGCACGGACGUACGAGUUCAAGAUCGAGCAGGAUGAGCCUGAUCAGGUUGGGGCUGGCACUGCUGCUCCUGCUGGCCACCGUGUCGCAGUUGCUGCAGCCGGUCCAGGGUCGCCGGAAGAUGUGCGGCGAGGCCUUGAUCGAGGCCCUGGAAUUGAUUUGUGUUAAUGGCUUUACACGCAGGGUCCGUCGGAGUGAUGACAGAGCGCGGUCCCUGAUCCGGAAGCUCCAGCAGCCGGAAGAGGAGUCGGAAAGGGAAACGGAAACGGACACAGAGCCACCGGCCAGCGGAAGUGGACGCAAGUUGCGGCGCCACCGGCGACGCAUCGCCCACGAGUGUUGCAAGCAGGGCUGCACCUACGACGACAUUCUGGACUACUGCUCCUGAUGACCAGCAGUUACCGAAUCCCAAACAACCCGAUACCAGAUACCGAAUCCCAGAAAACACACACCAGAUCCCGAAAAUCAGACUGAGAUUCUGUGGCGGCAGGGGGCAGAAAGUGGGCUGGAUGACAAGGACAAUUUCCAGAAGCACCCGACCGGCAGGCGUUUUGCAAUUCAUUUUCCUACACUUAACCCUAACUAUAACCGUAAUCGUAUUUCCAAAUAUUUCAUUGUAAAAUUCCUAGUGGAAGCAAAUAAAGUUACUCUCCAAGCAGCAGCAGCAACAAAAGAA